CCCGUUUCUAUUUUUGAAACCCCUUCCUCUCCAAACCAGUCGCCUCCUGCUUUCUCCCCCCUCUUUCUGCGGUUGCUCUUCCAGCGUCUUUGGCCGCAGCCGCCCGCCAUGGCGAUCCCCCAGGUCGAGGUCAAGCUCUUCGGGCAGUGGUCCUUCGAGGAUGUCGCCGUCAGCGACAUCUCCCUGGAGGAUUACAUUGCCGUGAAGCCCAAGUUCGCCACAUUCGUGCCCCACACUGCAGGGAGGUACCAGAACAAGAGGUUCAGGAAAGCACAGUGCCCAAUUGUGGAGAGGUUGACCAACUCGCUGAUGAUGCACGGGCGGAACAACGGAAAGAAGCUGAUGGCGGUGCGCAUCGUGAAGCACUCGAUGGAGAUCAUCCACCUGCUGACGGACCAGAACCCCAUCCAGGUCGUGGUGGAUGCCAUCAUCAACAGCGGCCCCCGUGAGGACGCCACCCGUAUUGGCAGCGCCGGUGUGGUGCGGCGGCAGGCCGUCGAUAUCUCCCCCCUGCGGCGGGUGAACCAGGCCAUCUACUUGCUCACGACUGGGGCGCGUGAGUCGGCCUUCCGGAACAUCAAGACCAUCGCCGAGUGCCUUGCGGACGAGCUCAUCAACGCCGCCAAGGGCUCCUCCAACAGUUACGCUAUCAAGAAGAAGGACGAGAUUGAGCGUGUGGCUAAGGCUAACCGUUAAGCGGCAGCAUGCUGGAUCUUUUGCUUUACAAACACUGUACAUCACCUGCUGAGAAAGUCGUCCUAACAGAGGGCUUUGACUAGCCCGCUCGUGCAACAUUCGUUUUGCGUCCGCUCAACAUGCGUGCAUCUAACUUCCAUAAUGAUGGUGUGCACUGGAAUUGAUGGUAAGCUGUCAUUGAUGUGGGU